AUGGACCCAGAGGACAGGGGGAGUGCACCUGAUAUGACGUCACACAGGUGUGGACAGAUUGAUGAUGUCCACUUCAGGACAGAUGAGGAUAUGGAGGUUUUAACAGACUGUAGAUCCAUCGAUGCCUCUGAAGAUGAAGAUUCAGCUCUUCCUCCUGAUUUCGAGUGGAUAGAUGAGUUGUAUGAAGAGGAUGAUGAUGAUGAUGGUGAUGGUGACCUUGCGGUUGCGGACGAACAUGCUAUGAAGAGAAGCUAUGCCGAGACAGCACGGAUGUUCAAGCUGAGACGAAACCUGGACCAGCUGGACUCCUUUCAUCAACAGAAGGAGCACGACGUGCUGAAAGCCAGAGAAGAGCUUAAACUUGUUCGUCAGCACAUUGAAAGUUUGUUGGAGAUGAGAGAUAACUUAGAGGAAGAGAUAGAGCGACAGAAAGCAGCAGACAACAGUGUGGCAGUGAUUCGUUUGCGAGCCCAGCAUAAGAGGCUGUGUCAGGAGCUGCGGAGCGAUGAGGAGAUGGAGGCCCACAUCAACACGGAACUGAAGCAACAAGAACUGCAGCUGAGUGAAGUGGAAGUGGAGCUUGGCAGGUUCUCCUCACUCCGGCAGGAGGUGCACGAGGAGGAGCGGGUCUUCCAGAUUCUUAAGGCCCAGAAGGCGACGACGAGGCUUCAGCAGGAGAGGAAAGCCAGCCAGAACCUGCAGCUCAAGCAGCAGCAUCUCAGGAAUAAACAGGCAGCCAUGCUGAAGACAGAGGAAACUGAAAGUCAGAGGAAAACUGAUGAGAGCCCAGCGCAUCGCAAGAUAUCUGCCAAGUACUUGAAAAAGGCCAUUAGAAGGAUGCAUCAGCUAGAAGCUGAGAAGGAGCAGCAGAACAGGGAGUUACUGGAAAAGAGGAUACAGGCUGUCAAAUCACUGAAAUCUAACAUUGCAGCUACCCAAGAGAACUUACGGAUCCAACAAAGCAGAGCCAAAGCAAACACCCAGAAGAAAGAGCAGCAGCUGAGACAACUAAGAGAAUCCCUGCAGGCCGAGGGAAUCAACAGUAUCCGCCACAUGUACCAACAGAAACAACUACAGGAGAUAAAACGAAAACAAGAGGAAUUUGAGCAGAAACAGAAGUCAAAGAGAGUGGAGAUUGUAGACAAAAUCCUAAAGGAGGAACAGCUGGUAAAGAGGAGAGCCAAGCAGCAGGCACUGCUGGCUAAACCCUCAGCUACUGACAAGAUCUCAUCUCAGAGGAGAGCGAGAGAGAAACUCCUGUACUACCUGGAUCCCAACCCCCCAUCAGCCACAGAGGAGAGAGCCACAAUUUUACGAGACUUCAGUGACAUCAGCAGCUCAUUGUCAGCUUCCUCUGACAUUGAGGACCUGGAGGAAAACAUCCAACAGGAAGUUGAGCACCAGAGCCUGGAUGACAGCCUGGCUGAGCCUGAGUUCUCUGGGCUGUGGGACCAGAGCAACAAGAUGCCCCUGAGUGAGAAGACUAUGUUGACGCAGACUGAAGUAAAGCAAGAGGAACCUGCAGAAGCCAGCAAAAGGUCCAACAUGCCAUCUAAAAAAGUUUGUGGAAAAGAGUUUAAAGGGCCUCCAUUCAUCAGUAAACCUGAAGUCAUCCAUUUCAAGGACUUUGAAGUGGGGAAAGCAUAUAAGAAGAAAAUAACCCUGACCAACAUCAGCUACACCACUAACAACUGCAAGCUCAUCGGGGUCUCAGCUCAGCUGAAGAAUUUUAUCUCCAUCCACUUUGAGUCUCCUGGUUUUUUAUCACCUGGGAUGUCCUGUGAGAUGCAGACUGUAUUCCAACCUAUGAUCAAUGAGGACCUGGAGGGAGAGGUCCGGUUUGCAUCAGCAGCGGGUCCCUUCUCUGUGCCUGUCAGGUGCACCAUAAAGAAAUGUGAUCUGGAGGUCGACACUCAGUUAAUUGACUUUGGCACACAUGUAGUGGGCCAGACUAUUUCAAGGACUAUCACCUUGACCAACAAGGGUGCACUGGCCACCCUCUUCAGCCUGGACACUUCAGCGUGUCCCAGUCCAGAGACUAGCCAUGUCCACAUGCCAUCCCAGGUCUCUGCCCCCACAUGCCAGGAAAGCAGUGACAAUACAACAUCUGACAACCAGAAGAGCUCUGCAUCCAUUGACACUGGAGAACUCCAACUAAAGCAAGAUGGUCAGGAGCUCUCUGAAGCAUCAGAGAAUGAGCCACCAUUGUCAGAGGAUUCAGCUACAGGUCCAGGAGAGAUUCCUGAGGCUUGUCUAUUCUCCGAUGUGGAUGCCCAAAUAAAUGAGACCUUAUUGGACUCCAUUGAUAUAAGCCUAGGAAAUGUGAGAGAAGGAGAUGUUGGACCUUUUGAGAGCAUCAAACUGGAGAUUGUUUUCACUCCAACUAUUCCAGGAAAAUCCAAACUGGACUUUUACAUCAAAUUCUCCGAUGUCACCAGCAAACCAAUACCCAUCACGGUGAAAGGUGUGGCAGUCAGCCUCCCUGUAUGGGUGGUUCAGCCUAGCAUCGACCUGAAGAUCUGCAUGUUUGACCGCCUCUAUCAAGACAGUAUCAUGGUCCAAAGCAGUGCCAGCACAGCCUUGAAGCUGACCUUCGAGGUGUGCCCAGAAAUGAGGAAACACAUGGAGAUCCUACCAAAGACAGGCUUCAUCCAGGCUCAAUCAAGCUUUAGUGCCCAACUCAAGUUCCUGCCGAGACGCUCCUUAUCCAAAGAUGCCACAGCAUUUUUUGACACAGAUACAGGAGUCCUGGAUGUUCCAAUGACAGUACAAGUAGCAGGCCAGGUGCAGCCGGUCCAUUUCACAGUCCAAGCAGUUGUGACCUCCUCAGACCUGCAGUUUGACCGGGCUGAGGUGGACUUCGGCUACUGUUCCAUUUACCAGUCCAUCAAGAGCAGUUUUCGCCUCACCAACAUGUCCCUCCUGCCUCAGGACUUUGGCUUCUUGGGCGUGCCAGAGUUUAUUGAGGUCCAACCUAAUGAUGGGUUUGGCACUCUUCUCCCACAAGAGACCCUGGAGAUUGAUCUGAUUUUCAGUGCUAGCAAAGCCAAAGAGUACAAUUUCCAGCUCAGCUGCAAGUCUGGAAUUAACAGAGUUUUCCUUCUUACUUGUCGAGCAGUGGGUGUGCGUCCUCCACUGCAGCUCUCCCAUUCUCUGGUCCAGUUCGGGGCCACAGCAGUUGGUGACCAAUCCACUGCUCUGCUUUACCUGAUCAACCAUCACACUGACAGUAACCAGUCCAAACAAUCGGCCACUCCUGGGGUCAGGGAGGCCGUGGCUCCGGUAGCACCCAGGCUGUUCUGCUUCACCCCACCCGAGGAUUCAGACGUCAGGAUCAGUCCAUCAGCAGGACGCCUGCUGGCUGGAGAGAGAUGUCUGGUCCAGGUGAUGUUCAGACCCAGACUGUCAGACCAGGAGAUCAAAGACGAGGCGCUGCGUCUCCUCCAUCGAGCCAAGUUGCUUCGUGAGAAGGAGUUGGAGAGAGAGAGACAAGCUGAACAGGAGAUUAAAAAGGAGAUCCCAGUGGAAACCAAUAAAGGAAAGAAGGCGUCCGUGAUUCCAAAGAACAACAAAGUACCAGACAGCCCCAAACCCGAAAUACUAACUGAAUCCCCAGAUCCUGAUGACAUACAGCCAGGGUCAGAGCAGUAUGAGGAGGCUAAGACUUCUCUGCUGUACUCCUUCACCCAGUGCUACAGGGAGUACACCGUUCCCUGCUACGUGUCAGACGGAGAUCCUCCAGAGGAAAACCGACAGGCCCAGCCGGCAUGGAGUCCCUUCAACACACUGUACUUGAAGCUGCAGUGUCCUGCUGUACAGCCCCCUCUAGUGGUGAUAUCCAACAAUGGACACAAUGUCAUAGACUUCGGUCAGGUGCCAGUAGGAGAGAAAGUGAUCAAAAGGCUUACAGUUCAGAACAUUUCAAAGGAACCUUUGGACCUGAGGUCAUCAUUGCUGGACAUAUAUGGCCCCUUUUCCCUUCUCAAUGCUCUCAGAUGUAUAAGACCAGGAGAAAAACACACUCUGAUACUGGCCUUCAGUCCAACUCUGGAGAAAAAGUGCUAUGAGACACUGGAGGUGCGUAGCAACAAGAUGAUAUUGGAGGUGAUUCUGCGUGGGGAGGGUCUGGUCCCCAAUGUUACCUCCUCGCAUCCUGGAGGCCUCCUUGACUUUGGCUACGUGCUGGAGAAAGAGAGCCCCUCACAGGUCCUGAAGCUGCAGAACAGCUCAGCUCUACCAGUUGGUUUCAAAGUGCUGCUGUCCAGUGUCGCUCCUUCCAGGCCUCAGGGUGGGGCUGACAAGGUGGAUUUCCUGCUGGGCAGUUACACAGACUCUCGGGUCCAGCCUACUGUGGGAACCCAGAACCAAAGUGGGCUGAGUGUGUUCAGUGUGGUGCCAGUAGAGGGCAGCAUUGCUCCAGGACAGAGCCAGGACAUCACUAUCACCUUUAAGCCUGACCACCCAUCCGUCAACUAUUCUGACAGACUCAUCGUAGAGCUCAGGAAUAAGAGUAAAGUGUGUGUGAUUGAUCUGAAGGGUGCAGCCUCUUCACAUAACAUGUAUCUGUGUGGAGGAGACCUGCUGACUGUUCCCAUUGAAUCCCUCCUCCCUCCACUGAUUACCUGUCAAUCUCAGUUUACAGAAUCUGAGGUGAUGGAAAAGCCCAGUGUCCCGGUGCUGGUGACUCUGCGGGCCAGCUACAGCGCAGGAGCCAUCAAACCUGCAGUCAGAGAGCUGCAGGUGGGCUGCAUUCGCUCAGCACAGCCCAGUAAGAAGACUUGUGAGUUUCACUGGGAUAACGUGGCGUCUCUGCAGCAGCAGGGCUUCAGCGUGGAGCCCAGCAAAGGCAACGUGGAGCCCGGCCACAGAUGCACCAUCACUCUCAAAUGGACUCCCCAGAGUGGAUACAAGCCCUAUGAAGUGGUGCAGAUGUGUGUGCCUCUGACCUUAAAGGGAGAUGAGACAAACGUUUACAGAGUCACCCUGAUGGCUUUGGUCUCCACCACUGCUGACUGA